AUGAAGAGAAUGUUCUGUAGGGGGAUGUUCUGUAGGGGAAUGUUGAGAAACAUGAGGGUAAUGUUCUGUAAGGGGAUGUUCUGUAGGGGGAUGUUGAGAAACAUGAGGAUAAUGUUCUGUAGGGGGAUUUUGAGAAACAUGAGAAGAAUGUUCUGUAGGGGAAUGUUGAGAAACAUGAAGAUAAUGUUUUGUAGGGUGGUGUUCUGUAGGGGGAUGUUGAGAAACAUGAGGAUAAUGUUCUGUAGGGGGAUGUUGAGAAACAUGAGAAGAAUGUUCUGUAGGGGAAUGUUGAGAAACAUGAGGAUAAUGUUCUGUAGGGGGAUGUUGAGAAACAUGAGGAGAAUGUUCUGUAGGGGGAUGUUCUAUAGGGGGAUGUUGAGAAACAUGAGGAGAAUGUUCUGUAGGGGGAUGUUCUGUAGGGGAAUGUUGAGAAACAUGAAGAGAAUGUUCUGUAGGGGGAUGUUCUGUAGGGGAAUGUUAUGUAGGGGGAUGUUCUGUAGGGGAAAUGUUGAGAAACAUGAGGGUAAUGUUCUGUAAGGGGAUGUUCUGUAGGGGGAUGUUGUGAAACAUGAGGAUAAUGUUCUGUAGGGGGAUUUUGAGAAACAUGAGAAGAAUGUUCUGUAGGGGAAUGUUGAGAAACAUAAAGAUAAUGUUCUGUAGGGGGAUGUUGAGAAACAUGAGAAGAAUGUUCUGUAGGGGAAUGUUGAGAAACAUGAGGAUAAUGUUCUGUAGGGGGAUAUUGAGAAACAUAAGAAGAAUGUUCUGUAGGGGGAUGUUCUGUAGGGGGAUGUUGAGAAACAUGAGGAUAAUGUUCUGUAGGGGAAUGUUCUGUAGGGGGAUGUUGAGAAACAUGAGGAUAAUGUUCUGUAGGGGAAUGUUCUGUAGGGGGAUGUUGAGAAACAUGAAGAGAAUGUUCUGUAGGGGGAUGUUCUGUAGGGGGAUGUUGAGAAACAUGAGGAUAAUGUUCUGUAGGGGGAUGUUCUGUAGGGGAAUGUUGAGAAACAUGAGGAUAAUGUAGAGAAUGCUGAAAGCACUUCAAUCAAUGUUUGAAAUAACCAGAGCUUGAACACACUCUCCCUGAAACUCAGAAAUAUUGUUACAAUGUUACAAAGAUCCUUUUGGGAACCUUGGUUGUUGUGUUGAAAAUGCCCUUAACAAUUUGCAAUGCAUGUGUACAACGGGCUUUUUAUAAUUCUUGGUUCCACUGAGUGGUGACUCUGAGCGAUGCUCAAUUGUAAAGUUAAGUACAAAUCCUCUUAAUGUGUAGGGUAGGGUGUAAAUGCACAUGUAAAUUGCCCUAUAUAAAAUGCAGUGAGAAUAUAUAUCAAGAGUGUGAUCAAAACAUAUAAUACAGCAGUUUGGAGAUAACAUUAUCUGAAUGAAUUCUAGCCGCAAUGAUAGAUACAGCUAUACUCUGUUUGCUUGACCUGCUUCUGAGAUUGCCUGGAUAGUGGAAUGUUCUGCUUCAACUAUCAGCACACUGCAGCAUGGUCAUCUAAAACCCAGACUGUCUCUGUCAUGGUUCUCUAAAACCCAGACCAUCUCUGUCUUGGUCAUCUAAAACCCAGACCGUCUCUGUCUUGGUCAUCUAAAACCCAGAAUGUCUCUGUCUUGAUUCUCUAAAACCCAGACUGUCUCUGUCUUGGUCAUCUAAAUCCCAGACUGUCUCUGUCUUGGUUCUCUAAAACCCAGACUGUCUCUGUCAUGGUUCUCUAAAACCCAGACUGUCUCUGUCUUGGUCAUCUAAAUCCCAGACUGUCUCUGUCUUGGUUCUCUAAAACCCAGACUGUCUCUGUCAUGGUUCUCUAAAACCCAGACUGUCUCUGUCUUGGUCCUCUAAAACCCAGACUGUCUCUGUCUUGGUCAUCUAAAUCCCAGACUGUCUCUGUCUUGGUUCUCUAAAACCCAGACUGUCUCUGUCAUGGUUCUCUAAAACCCAGACCGUCUCUGUCAUGGUCCUCUAAAACACAGACUGUCUCUGUUUUGGUCCUCUAAAACCCAGACUGUCUCUGUCUUGGUCCUCUAAAACCCAGACUAUCUCUGUCUUGGUCCUCUAAAACCCAGACUGUCUUUGUCUUGGUCCUCCAAAACCCAGACUGUCUCUGUUUUGGUCCUCUAAAACCCAGACUGUCUCUGUCUUGGUCCUCUAAAACCCAGACUGUCUCUGUCUUGAUUCUCUAAAACCCAGACUGUCUCUGUCUUGGUCCUCUAAAACCCAGACCAUCUCUGUCUUGGUCAUCUAAAACCCAGACCGUCUCUGUCAUGGUUCUCUAAAACACAGACUGUCUCUGUCUUGGUCCUCUAAAACCCAGACUGUCUUUGUCUUGGUCCUCCAAAACCCAGACUGUCUCUGUCUUGGUCCUCUAAAACCCAGACUGUCUUUGUCUUGGUCCUCCAAAACCCAGACUGUCUCUGUUUUGGUCCUCUAAAACCCAGACUGUCUCUGUCUUGGUCCUCUAAAACCCAGACUGUCUCUGUCUUGAUUCUCUAAAACCCAGACUGUCUCUGUCUUGGUCCUCUAAAACCCAGACCAUCUCUGUCUUGGUCAUCUAAAACCCAGACCGUCUCUGUCAUGGUUCUCUAAAACACAGACUGUCUCUGUCUUGGUCCUCUAAAACCCAGACUGUCUCUGUCUUGAUUCUCUAAAAGCCAGACCGUCUCUGUCUUGAUUCUCUAAAACCCAGACCGUCUCUGUUUUGGUCCUCUAAAACCCAGACUGUCUCUGUCUUGGUCCUCUAAAACCCAGACUGUCUCUGUCUUGGUUCUCUAAAACCCAGACUGUCUGUGUGAGUGACAGAGCACAAUAGAAAUGCCAUUAGUCCACAGUGUUCCAAUCUUAUUGGGAAUUGAGUACAUUGAGGAAAAGCAAGGGGGAUGAGUGGGUAGGAUUAACUAAGGCCACCCAGGAAAACACACUGUCAGCUCCAAGAGGUACUGCAGGAGUCUGUUAGUGAUAGCCACAUGUCUGAAGUGGAAUAAAUAUGGCUUUUCUGCUGACUAGUCAUAGAGAGUAAACUGAUAUAAAUAGAAACAGAAAACCUAGUGGACACCCAAGAUAACAGCAAACAGGAAUAUACUGUGGAAUCCAAGAGGAAGAAGAGGUGGAAUAGCUGGGAUACUAAUCCAAAAGGAAGAUGAUGGAUAGCUGUGAUACUAAUCCAAGAGGAAGAAGAGGUGGAAUAGCUGGGAUACUAAUCCAAGAGGAAGAAGAGGUGGAAUAGCUGUGAUACUAAUCCAAGAGGAAGAAGAGGUGGAAUAGCUGGGAUACUAAUCCAAGAGGAAGAAGAUGGAUAGCUGGGAUCCUAAUCCAAGAGGAAGAAGAUGGAUAGCUGUGAUACUAAUCCAAAAGGAAGAAGAUGGAUAGCUGGGAUACUAAUCCAACAGGAAGAAGAAGUGGAAUAGCUGGGAUACUACAGUACAUUGUACAAUCUUUGAAAAAAGGGGCUCCAAAAGGGUUCUUCAGCUGUCCCCAUAGGAGAACCCUUUUUGGUUCCAGGAAGAACUCUUUAGGUUCCAUGUAGAACCCUUUCCACAGAGCCCACUGGGCACACUAGUUGAAUCAACGUUGUUUCAACGUCAUUUAAAUGAAAUGACAUUAAACCAACGUGGAAUAGAUGUUGAAUUGAUGUUGUAGGCUCUGCCCAAAUUUAUGUGUUCUCUGUCACCUGGAGCUGCAUGGAAAAUGGUCCAGGAACAAAAAGAUAAUGCCCAAGGACUAGUCAGCCCUUCCCCCUCUGAGGGGUCAAAAUGUAUCUCUCUGUUACAGUAUCCAGAUGACUGACUAUUGUGAUAGACUGAUACGACAGUAUCCAUGGCUGGUAUCUAUCUGAAACUUGUUCACUGAGGAUAACUCUGGUGCUAUCUACAUAUAUAUAUAUAUUAUCUCUGUGGUUACUGUACAGGGUGAACUCUGAAUUACUAUAUGCAAAAGAGGUUUUAUGGUCCUCUCAGGAAUUCUGUCUUACUUACAUUUGUCUCAUCUCCCACACAAGCUCUUAGAUGUUGUGGCACCCUGUGGAGAUUGGGCCUGGGAGUGUUUAGGUUACUGUAAACUUGGUAUUGUUUGAUUGGUCAAUGGUGGUUGGUUUUGGGUUGAAAGGUUACACCUUCAGAUGUCAUGAAUGGAAUGAAAAGCCUUUGAUAUCUCUCUUAUCCUGUAUCCAGUCCAUAGAGGAAGGUUGUACGAUCAAUUCUCAUUUCCUAGACUUCAAGGCCUCUGGCCUAGUAAGCAUCUCUUUGUUCAUGCUUUGUCUUCUAAGUUAACCUGAGGAUCUAUAUGCCUAGAAGUAUGCUUUGUAAUGCUUCUUAAUGCUUUGUAACUUGACCUUUAUGCCUUGUAUGUGAAUCCCAUUCAUUGUACAAUGUUAAUUAAAUAUCUGCCUUUGACAUAGACAAUUCUCAGACCAAUUCUUGCUAGUCAAUGUCAACUCAUUGCCUAAUGCUUAGUUGUAUAUUUUAAUAAUCUUUAUAGAGACAGAUUAGCAUUUUAAUAGGCUAAUUGCUUAGUCUUAUUAUGAGUAGCAUAUAUACACUAUAUAUACAAAAGUAUGUGGACACCCCUUCAAAUUAGUGGAUUCGGCUAUUUCAGCCACACCCCAUUGCUGACAGGUGUAUACAAUCGAGCACACAGCCACGCAAUCUCCAUUGACAAACAUUGGCAGUAGAAUCGCCUUACUGAAGAGCUCAGUGAUUUUCAACGUGGCACCGUCAUAGGAUGCCACCUUUCCAACAAGUCAGUCCAUUUUAGAAUAAGUCUGUAACGUAACAAAAUGUGGAAAAAGUCACAGGGUCUGAAUACUUUCCCGAAUGCACUGCAUAUACAAAAGGGUACAUACCAAAAGGGUUCUACCUGGAACCAAAAAUAGUUAUUCAAAAGGGUGCUCCUAUGGGGACAGCCGAAGAACCCUUCCAAAUAGCACCUUUUUUUCUAAGAGUGUAUGUCCAGGAACAGCUGAAUGUGCCUUAUCUGCUUACUAGUCAGGGGGAGCACAUGGAGAAAGAGCAGAAAUAGAACCACGCCGUUAGGCUCUCAUCUUCAGCAUCAUUAAAGUGAGAGAUCUGUACUCAACUUCGGCAUCAUUAAUGUGAGAGAUCUGUACUCAACUUCGGCAUCAUUAAUGUGAGAGAUCUGUACUCAACUUCAGCAUUAUCAAUGUGAGAGAUCUGUACUCAACGUCAGCAUUAUCAAUGUGAGAGAUCUGUACUCAACUUCAGCAUCAUUCAUGUGAGAGAUCUGUACUCAACUUCAGCAUCAUUAAUUUGAUAGAUCUGUACUCAAUGUCAGCAUCAUUAAUGUCAGAGAUCUGUACUCAACUUCAGCAUCAUCAACGUGAGAGAUCUGUACUCAACUUCAGCAUAAUCAAUGUGAGAGAUCUGUACUCAACUUCAGCAUAAUCAAUGUGAGAGAUCUGUACUCAACUUCAGCAUAAUCAAUGUGAGAGAUCUGUACUCAACUUCAGCGUCAUUAAUUUCAGAGCUCUGUACUCACUUUAAAUUCCAGUCAAUAGGCUAAACUCAUAUUAUGAAGCUCAUUUUGGAUUCAACAAAUAAAUAAAAUAAUAAUAUUGAUCACAACUUUAAUAAGAGCAAUAGAAACAGGGAGCUGGUGUGGAUAAUGAUGUAGAUGGUGUGGAUAAUGAUGUAGAUGGUGUGGAUAAUGAUGUAGAUGGUGUGGAUAAUGUGUGGUGUGGUGUGUGUGGAUAAUGAUGUGAUGGUGUGGAUAAUGAUGUAGAUGGUGUGGAUAAUGUGUUUGGAAUGAUGUAGCUGGUGUGGAUCCUGCUUUGGAUUGUGGGUAGAUGGUGUGCUAUGCUGUGCUGGUGUGGCUCUGCUGUGCUGGUGUGGUGGUGGUGUGAUAAUGCUGUAGAUGGUGUGGCUGAUGGGCUGUGGUGGUGUGGCUAUGCUGUAGCUGGUGUGGCUAUGCUGGCUGGUGUGGCUCCUGCUGUGCUGGUGUGGCUCCUGCUGUCGCUGGUGUGGCUCCUGCUGUCGCUGGUGUGGCUCCUGCUGUCGCUGGUGUCGCUGCUGUCGCUGGUGUGGCUCCUGCCGUCGCUGGUGUGGCUCUGCUGUCCUGUGUGUGGCUCCUGCUGUCGCUGGUGUGGCUCCUGAUGUUAGUGGUGUGGCUCCUGCCGUCGCUUGUGUAGAUACUGAUGUAGCUGGUGUGGAUCCUGAUGUCGGUCACUGAUGUAGCUGGUGUGGAUAAUGAUGUAGCUGGUGUGGAUAAUGAUGUAGCUGGUGUGGAUAAUGAUGUAGCUGGUGUGGAUAAUGAUGUAGCUGGUGUGGAUAAUGAUGUAGGUAAUUAUGUAGCUGGUGUGGAUAAUGAUGUAGCUGGUGUGGAUAAUGAUGUAGCUGGUGUGGAUAAUGAUGUAGCUGGUGUGGAUAAUGAUGUAGCUGGUGUGGAUAAUGAUGUAGAUGGUGUGGAUAAUGAUGUAGAUGGUGUGGAUAAUGAUGUAGAUGGUGUGGAUAGUGUGGAUAUGAUGUAGAUGGUGUGGAUAAUGAUGUGGAUGGUGUGGAUAUGAUGUGGAUGGUGUGGAUAUGAUGUGAUGGUGUGGAUACUGAUGUCGAUGGUGUGGAUACUGCUGUGAUGGUGUGGCUCAUGCUGUGCUGGUGUGGAUCUGUGUGGCUGGUGUGGCUACAUGCUGUUGGAUGGUGUGGACUCAUGCUGUCGUGGUGUGGCUCCUGCUGUCGCUGGUGUGGCUCCUGCUGUGCUGGUGUGGCUAUGCUGUCGCUGGUGUGCUGGUGUGCUGAUUGUCGCUGGUGUGGCUAUGCGUAGCUGUGUGGUCUGCUGUGCUGGUGUGGACUACUGCAUGUAGCUGGUGUGGAUAUGAUGUAGAUGGUGUGGAUAAUGAAGUAGAUUGUGUAGAUAAUGAUGUAGCUGGUGUGGAUACUGAUGUAGGUAAUGAUGUAGCUGGUGUGGAUAAUGAUGUCGCUGGUGUGGAUAAUGAUGUAGCUGGUGUGGAUAAUGAUGUAGCUGGUGUGGAUAAUGAUGUAGCUGGUGUGGAUAAUGAUGUAGGUAAUGAUGUAGCCGUGUGGAUAAUGAUGUAGCUGGUGUGGAUAAUGAUGUAGCUGGUGUGGAUAAUGAUGUAGCUGGUGUGGAUAAUGAUGUAGAUGGUGUGGAUAAUGAUGAAGAUGGUGUGGAUAAUGAUGUAGAUAAUGAUGUAGAUGGUGGGGAUAAUGAUGUAGAUGGUGGGGAUAAUGAUGUAGAUGGUGGGGAUAAUGAUGUAGAUGGUGGGGAUAAUGAUGUAGAUGGUGGGGAUAAUGAUGUAGCUGGUGUGGAUAAUGAUGUGGAUGGUGUGGAUAAUGAUGAAGAUGGUGUGGAUAUGAUGUAGAUGGGGUGGAUAAUGAUGAAGAUGGUGUGGUAUGGUGUGUGGUGUGGAUCUGCAGUGCUGGUGUGGCUAAUGAUGUGGCUGGUGUGGCUCCUUCUGUGAUGGUGUGGCUCUUAUGUCGCUGGGGUGGUCCUGCUGUGCGUGCUGUCGUCUGGUGUGGCUCCUGUGGUAGAUGGUGUGGUUAGCGUCGGUGGUGUGGUCCUGAUGUCGCUGGUGUGGCCCUGCUGUCGGUGGUGUGGUAUGAAGUGCGGUGCGUGGUGGUGUGAAAUAUGAGUAGAGGUGUGGAUAAUUUGUAGAUGGGGUGGAGUAGAGAUGGGUGCAUGUGUAGAUGGGUUGGAUAUGUGUAGGUAAUGAUGUAGAUAAUGAUGCAGAUGGUGUGGAUAAUGAAGUAGAUGGUGUGGAUAAUGAUUAUUAUUAUUAUGAUUAUUAUUUAGAUGGUGGGGAUACUGAUGUAGAUGGUGGGGAUAAGUGAUGACGAGAGAGAAAGAUCUUGUUCACAGGUGACUCAUGCCUCAUGUUUACAUACACAUUCUUGUGAAAAGUUCAACAUAACCAAUCAGUUAUUCAAAAUAAGUUUUGCCAUGUUGUUAACUCCAAUAACACUGAUAAGGUCUCAUCCUUAAUUAGAUUCAACUCAUAAAAUGGAAUAUCUGCAAUCAAGAAGUUGUGUGCAUCAGCCUGACUUGUGUUUAUUUGAAGGAUCUUUAAAUCUUCCCAUUAAUAUGCUGAAGCAGUGCUUUCAUAGAUUAUUUUUGAGUGCCAGAUAAUUACUUCAGAUAAAAUAUGUCCACUCAAUCUCAUCUUCAUUAAUAAAGCGUGAAAAGUGUGAUUUAGGGUAUCAAUAAAAAUUUGAAAAAAAAUAAUACUUUCACUUUUUCAUAUGACUUUUCUUUGGAAUUCACAGAAACGAGCACCAUAACGCAUCAUUUGGUAUCAGGUUGUGACUAACAGCGAUACGUUAUAUGAGUUCUAAGUAAGAAAGAUUACCCACUUUAUUUAUUUCUAAGUAACAGCUCCUAUGUGAGAAUGCUUUUCAUUGACUACAGCUCAGCGUUCAACACCAUAGUGCCCAAAAAGCUCAUCACUAAGCUAAGGACCGUGGGAAUAAAAACCUCCCUCUGCAACUGGAUCCUGGACUUCCUGACGGGCCGCCCCCAGGAGGUAAGGGUAGGUAACAACACAUCUGCCACGCUGAUCCUCAACACGGGGGCCCCUCAGGGGUGCAUGCUCAGUCCCCUCCUGUACUCCCUGUUCACCCAUGACUGCAUGGCCAGGCACGACACCAUCAUUAAGUUUGCCGACGACACAACAGUUGUAGGCCUGAUUACCGACAACGAUGAGACACCCUAUAGGGAGGAGAUCAGAGACCUGGCCGUGUGGUGCCAGGAUAACAACCUCUCCCUCAACGUGAUCAAGACAAAGGAGAUGAUUGUGGACUACAGGAAAAAGAGGACCAAGCACGCCCCCAUUCUCAUCGACGGGGCUGUAUUGGAGCAGGUUGACAGCGUCAAGUUCCUUGGUGUCCACAUCACCAACAAACUAUCAUGUUCCAAACACACCAAGACAGUCGUGAAGAGGGCACGACAAAGCCUAUUCCACCUCAGGAGACUGAAAAGAUUUGGCAUGGGUCCUCAGAUGCUCAAAAGGUUGUACAGCUGCACCAUCGAGAGCAUCCUGACUGGUUGCAUCACUGCCUGGUAUGGCAACUGCUCGGCCUCCGACCGCAAGGCACUACAGAGGGUAGUGUGUACGGCCCAGUACAUCACUGGGGCCAAGCUUCCUGCCAUCCAGGACCUCUAUACCAGGCGGUGUCAGAGGAAGGCCCUAAUAAUUGUCAAAGACUCCAGCCACCCUAGUCAUAGACUGUUCUCUCUGCUACCGCACGGCAAGCGGUACCGGAGCGCCAAGUCUAGGUCCAAAAGGCUUCUUAACAGCUUCUACCCCCAAGCCAUAAGACUCCUGAACAGGUAAUUAAAUGGCUACCCGGACUAUUUGCAUUGUGUCCUCCACCGUGCCUUUAAACAGCUUGGAAAAUGUCAGCUUUAUGUAAUGUCUUUAGAAGCUUCUGAUAGGCUAAUUGACAUCAUUUGAGUUAAUUGGAUGUGUACAUGUGGAUGUAUUUCAAGGCCUACGUUCAAACUCAGUGCCUCUUUGCUUGACAUCAUGGGAAAAUCAAAAGAAAUCAGCCAAGACCUCAGAAAAGAAAUUGUAUACCUCCACAAGUCUGGUUCAUCCUUGGGAGCAAUUUCCAAACGCCUGAAGGUACCACAUUCAUCUGUACAAACAAUAGUACGCAAGUAUAAACACCAUGGGACCACGCAGCCGUCAUACCGCUCAGGAAGGAGACGCAUUCUGUCUCCUAGAGAUGAACGUACUUUGGUGCGAAAAGUGCAAAUCAAUCCCAGAACAACUGCAAAGGACCUUGUGAAGAUGCUGGAGGAAACAGGUACAAAAGUAUCUAUAUCCACAGUAAAACGAGUCCUAUAUCGACAUAACCCUAACCUGAAAGGCCGCUCAGCAAGGAAGAAGCCACUGCUCCCAAACCACCAUAAAAAAGCCAGACUACGGUUUGCAACUGCACAUGGGGACAAAGAUCGUACUUUUUGGAGUAAUGUCCUCUGGUCUGAUGAAACAAAAAUAGAACUGUUUGGCCAUAAUGAUCAUCGUUAUGUUUGGAGGAAAAAGGGGAUAGCUUGCAAGCCGAAGAACACCAUUCCAACCGUAAAGCACGGGGGUGGCAGCAUCAUGCUGUGGGGGUGCUUUGCUGCAGGAGGGACUGGUGCACAUCACAAAAUAGAUGGCAAAUUCUGACCCACUGGAAUCGUGAUACAGUGAAUUAUAAGUGAAAUAAUCUGUCUGUAAACAAUUGUUGGAAAAAUUACUUGUGUCAUGCACAAAGUCGAUGUCCUAACUGACUUGCCAAAACUAUAGUUUGUUAACAAGAAAUGUGUGGAGUGGUUGAAAAACUAGUUUUAAUGACUCCAACCUACAGUGUAUGUAAACUUCCGACUUCAACUGUACAUGUACAUAUUACCUCAAUUACCUCGACUAACCGGUGCCCCCGCACAUUGACUCUGUACCGGUACCCCCUGUAUAUAGCCUCGCCUAGCCUAUUUUUACUGUUAUUUUACUGCUUUUAUUUUUUAAAACUUAUUUAUUGUUUACUUAAGACAUAUUUCUCUUAAAACUGCAUUGUUGGUUUGGUCUUGUAAGUAAGCAUUUCACUGUAAGGUCAACACCUGUUGUAUUCGGAGCAUGUGACAAAUAACAUUUUGAUUUGAUUUACAUACACCCAAUUUGUAAGUUGCUCUGGAUAAGAGCGUCUGCUAAAUGACGUAAAUGUAAAUGUAAAUGUAUUUUGAUUUGAUUUGAUUAGGGAUCUAGAUGAUUGCCAUGUUAUCUAGCAGAGGAAGGAAUUAAAAUAACAUUUCCUGUUUUUCCUGCCUUCAUUUGAUAUUGUUUAUAUCUCUAAAAGAACCAAUUCAGUGUGUUAAAGUUAAACCUUCCCAUCCUAUCCAGGCUUCACCGUCUGGGCCCUGCAGCAGUGCUGACCUUAUAACACACUGCAUGCCUGUGCAUAGAUAUUGGAGUUAACAACCUUUCACCUAAAUGAAAUGUGCUAGCAAAACCAACAGCGGCGCUUGGUGAACUGUGCGCCUCAGAGGUGAAUUUCAUCACACAGGAUUACCUUACCUUAAUUUAUCCGUUCCGGCUUUGUAUCUGGAGACUCGGGCCAUCAACAAGGGUAGGGACACUGCAUCCAGCCAGCGCUUCUCAUACUUUGGUUCAUUAGCCGAGGGUGAGGAGGGCGAGGAUGGAGCCUACAUGGUACAAGUCAAGAAGGCAGUGAGGGUCUCCUCUCAUUCACUGGCUAGGUCACUAUGAUCAUUAUGCAUUGGAAAACAACAACGUCCUACUUUCAGUCCUUUUGCACUUGAAAGGAUGAUAUCCUUGUUGCUUCCUAGAUACCGUACGCUAUUCAUUAUUAGAGAUCAUUAUGGUUACCUAGCGAGCACCCCUUUUACUUACUGUGUCCUGGGAUUUCACAAUGGCAUUUCUCUACAAGUCAAUCGCAGCACCUGGGCACAUACUCUUGCACAAAUAAUUUGCUUUGCCUCCCCUCUGAGCAAAUCAAAGGCUAUAACCAAUUAUGGCUACUUUUAAGAGCAAACGAUUCUCCCUUUGUCAGUUUAUGUAGAGACCAAUGCUCAAUAAUUACACUUGACUUUCGAGUUGUGCUGCGCAACGGAGUGGUAAAGACGACAAGAAAUGGAAUACUAUCUGCACGUCAACACGGAUUAGAGUGACGAGGUAUCAGUUUUCACCAAGGACCUGGGAAACAAGAGCUAAGCUGCCACUCUUGUCCUUCAUAUCAUUCACUCUUCCAUAGCUCGUGAUAUUUCUGAGACGACAAAAGACCAAAGCGCAAUUAUUUGGAGCAUGUAAAUGAAUCAAUAGGAAGCUGUCCUGGGGACAAUGAAAGGAAAACACUGUCAAUCAUUUCAAUGGCAACGCCACCUACAGGAGAUGACAAGCUUAGAGAAUUAUAAUCACCUGCAGGCAAGCAAACAAGAAUGCUAAAGGAGGGGAAAAUAGGAGGAAAUAUUGUCUGGGUUAAGCAUUUUGUGUUAACUAUGCAAUUAUGGAGCACUAUGUUUUCCCACCAGCAGUGUCAUCUACUCACUUAGAAAAAAAGGGUUCCAAAAGGAUUCUUUGGCUGUCCCCAUAGGAGAACCCUUUUUCGUUCCAGGUAGAAUCAUUUUUGGUUCCAGGUAGAACCCUUUUGGUUCCAGGUAGAACCCUUUUGGGUUCCAGGUAGAACCCUCUGUGGAAAGGGUUCUACAUGGAACCCAAAUGAGUCCUACCUGGAACCAAAAAGGGAUCUUCAAAGGGUUCUCUUAUGGGGACAUGAAUCUUUUUUUGUACCUGCUUUAGUUGCAGAGAGAAUCAGAUCAAUAAAGGCCACUUCACCGUUGGUUUCAGUAUCUAGUCUACAUGGUGCAACGCUGUUUACUGUAUUAUGUCAUUCUGUAGAAGAAACCAAACAAACUAAAACAUGACUGUCAUUUCAGUCCUACUUUCUCACUAUGAAAAACACUUGGAUGCAUAAUCGAUACUGCGUGGAAAAAUACCACGAAUAAAAACAAACGCUUUGAGAAAAAUGAAACAAAAUACACUGGUGUUAGCCUCCUACUCUCCUGAUAAUGUAGCAUCUAAUUUGACUGGAGCAGUUUGUUGUAGCUUGAAGCUUUUGUAUGUUUUUGACCUCAUGAGGGUAUUUUUUUUGGGUGAGGAAAUUGACCAGCUAAUUGUGUUUGUCAGCCACCUGCCCUCUCAGCCUCAGAAUUUACUGUAGAGAACCCAGCCAUCUGAUCCAUUAUGAGAACCCAGCCAGCUGAUCCAUUAUGAGAACCCAACCAGCUGAUCCAUUAUGAGAACCCAGCCAGCUGAUCCAUUAUGAGAACCCAACCAGCUGAUCCAUUAUGAGAACCCAGCCAGCUGAUCCAUUAUGAGAACCCAACCAGCUGAUCCAUUAUGAGAACCCAACCAGCUGAUCCAUUAUGAGAACCCAGCCAGCUGAUCCAUUAUGAGAACCCAGCCAGCUGAUCCAUUAUGAGAACCCAACCAGCUGAUCCAUUAUGAGAACCCAGCCAGCUGAUCCAUUAUGAGAACCCAACCAGCUGAUCCAUUAUGAGAACCCAACCAGCUGAUCCAUUAUGAGAACCCAGCCAGCUGAUCCAUUAUGAGAACCCAGCCAGCUGAUCCAUUAUGAGAACCCAGCCAGCUGAUCCAUUAUGAGAACCCAGCCAGCUGAUCCAUUAUGAGAACCCAGCCAGCUGAUCCAUUAUGAGAACCCAGCCAGCUGAUCCAUUAUGAGAACCCAGCCAGCUGAUCCAUUAUGAGAACCCAGCUAGCUGAUCCAUUAUGUCACAGUAAGUCAAACCUGACUUGUUUAUGCAUAGGUAAGCAUGUGUCAGAGUAUAUUCUCCCAGAGUUUAAAUGAACACGUGAGUGCAGUGAUAGUGCAGUGAAUACAAUGAUAAUGCUGUUAAUACAGUGAUACUACAUUUAAUACAGUGAUACUGCAGUGAUACUGCAGCGAAUACAGUGAUCACACCGAUAAUGCAGUUAAUACAGUGAUAAUGCAGUGAUAAUGCUGUGAUACUGCAGUUAAUAUGACGAUAAUGCUGUGAUAGUGCAGUGAAUACAGUGAUAAUGCAAUCCACAGAGCUCAGUGCUCCAGGGUUGACAUUCUCUAGCUGUUCUGGAAGAUGACAAUAGACUGAAUAGACACAGGGCAGAUUUCCUCUAAAAAGGGGCCUUCUGACGUCCUGCCCGCUCAUGCUAAAUAUUUCAUGUUCAAAGACUAUCAGGGAAUUAAGUAUUUUGAGAAUUGAAUCCGCUGCACUCAUUCAUAAUAAAGCUUAUGGUCAGUCAGGUGUCCAUACUGGAGAUUACAAUUUUGGUUUCAAUCAGGUGUGAAUAUAUAGAUAGCCUUUGCAAGAAGGUCCAUUUGCAUGGCAGGAAAUGUGCAUGCUGGCAAAAGAUUCUGCAGUGUUUUAGACCAGGAACAUUCAAAUCACUGUGAAGAAUGUAGAAUGGGAAACCACACACAAUCUAGCUGCAAGACAAGGAGCAAUUGGCCAGUAAAAAUGAUCUGAUUAUGUGUUUCAGUAAACAGUGCAUGUAGAUCUCCAUUAAGAUAUUUAAGCGGCUAAAUAUUUGUGAAGCAUUUACCAACAGUCUCGGUUUCAAUACUACACUCUGUUUCCCCUACGCCAUUAGAUCACAGAUGAGAUCAAGAUGUUGUUCAGGGAGACAGGUCUCAGGAGAGUGAUGUUACUAUGAAAAGCUAAGGUAGAUUAAACUAGCUGACACCAUCUGCUGCACCCACCUCACUUCAAACUCCUGCUUUUACCGUGGAAACCUCUGCAGCUGAGAAACAUCCUGCUGUUACCGUGGAAACCUCUGCAGCUGAGAAACAUCCUGCUGUUACCGUGGAAACCUCUGCAGCUGAGAAACAUCCUGCUGUUACCGUGGAAACCUCUGCAGCUGAGAAACAUCCUGCUGUUACCGUGGAAACCUCUGCAGCUGAGAAACAUCCUGCUGUUACCGUGGAAACCUCUGCAGCUGAGAAACAUCCUGCUUUUACCGUGGAAACCUCUGCAGCUGAGAAACAUCCUGCUUUUACCGUGGAAACCUCUGCAGCUGAGAAACAUCCGCUAAAUGGUGUGAUUCACAUGGGAUCGCUGUAGCAUGUAGGCUACCUAUCCGCUCUGGGAUUCCAUAUGAGGGGUCACAACAGUUUCCUGUACUCUAAUGUAGUCCCUGUCAUACCCACUAAUACUACAGCAUCUGGAGCUGUUAUGAACAGGGGCGACAGUACUUCAGGGCUGAGGAAGGCAACGUCACUUUGCCAUGCUAAGAUCACUCUGACUAGCUGCCAUCUACAUCAUUGGCUCACUGCCAAGUGAUUAUGGUUGUAGCAAUGCUUUGUUUACUCCAAGCAUUAUGCUUAAAUCUUGCUAUGGGGUCACUGUAGGAUUCCCUUCAACUGUCAACUUCCAUCCUCGUCUCCUCUCCAGACAUCAAAUCCUCAAACCAGGUAUUGGGAGAUUUCUCAAAUUGUCAGUUUGUAUUAGUGUCACAUUAAUGCAUGAUACUGGAAUCACAAGCACAUUUAAUGUAAGAAAAACAAUGCCAUUUCAUAAAGGUUUACUUACUGUGUUGUUAGAAUUCCCAUUUAAAUGUAAACCACUGUCAAAUAGAGGUGAAGAUACUCUUCUACUUUGAUCAGCGGGUGGUACAGGGGAGCCUGAAAACCAUGAGAGUAAAUGUUAUAUUGUUGAAACAUGAAAUACUUCAUUCGCUCAGCCUCAGAAUCAACCUCAGAAUCAGUCUCAAUCUCAGAAUUAGUCUCAGAAUCAGUCUCAGAAUCAUUCUCAGCCUCAGAAUCAUCCUCAGACUCAGAAUCAGCCUCAGAAUCAGGCUCAGAAUCAGCCUCAGAAUCAGCCUUUGUCUCAGAAUCAUUCUCAGCCUCAGAAUCAGCCUUAGCCUCAGAAUCAGUCUCAGCCUGAGAAUCAGCUUUAGCCUCAGCCUCAGAAUCACCUUCAUUGGCCAGGUUCAUGUACAUAUACUUAGACAGAACAUAUAGACAGAAUAUAUAGAUACAUAGAAUAUAUAUAGACAGAACAUAUAGACAGAAUAUAUAGAUACAUUGAAUAUAUAUAGACAGAACAUAUAGACAGAAUAUAUAGAUACAUCGAAUAUAUAUAGACAGAACAUAUAGACAGAAUAUAUAGGUAUAUAGAAUGUAUAGACGAUAAACAUAGUAUACAGUAUAGAGACAGCAUUGUUGCCGCAAUCCACAAGUUCACUAACAAAAACAAAAAACACAUAAGCAGCAACCAAACACCACGACUGGCUCUCUGGGGACCUCAGGUAUCAGAACACCACGACUGGCUCUCUGGGCACCUCAGGUAUCAGAACACCACGACUGGCUCUCUGGGCACCUCAGGUAUCAGAACACCACGACUGGCUCUCUGGGCACCUCAGGUAUCAGAACACCACGACUGGCUCUCUGGGCACCUCAGGUAUCAGAACACCACGACUGGCUCUCUGGGGACCACAGGUAUCAGAACACCACGACUGGCUCUCUGGGCACCUCAGGUAUCAGAACACCACGACUGGCUCUCUGGGGACCUCAGGUAUCAGAACACCACGACUGGCUCUCUGGGCACCACAGGUAUCAGAACACCACAACUGGCUCUCUGGGCACCACAGGUAUCAGAACACCACGACUGGCUCUCUGGGCACCACAGGUAUCAGAACACCACGACUGGCUCUCUGGGCACCUCAGGUAUCAGAACACCACGACUGGCUCUCUGGGCACCUCAGGUAUCAGAACACCACGACUGGCUCUCUGGGGACCACAGGUAUCAGAACACCACGACUGGCUCUCUGGGGACCACAGGUAUCAGAACACCACGACUGGCUCUCUGGGCACCUAGGUAUCAGAACACCACGACUGGCUCUCUGGGGACCACAGGUAUCAGAACACCACGACUGGCUCUCUGGGGACCACAGGUAUCAGAACACCACGACUGGCUCUCUGGGCACCACAGGUAUCAGAACACCACGACUGGCUCUCUGGGCACCUCAGGUAUCAGAACACCACGACUGGCUCUCUGGGGACCACAGGUAUCAGAACACCACGACUGGCUCUCUGGGCACCACAGGUAUCAGAACACCAUGACUGGCUCUCUGGGCACCUCA